AGUGCAAGAAGGAAAAACGAAUAAAAAAUAACUAUUUCUUUAAAAAAAAAUAUAUAAAUAUAAAAGAAAAUUAAAAACGAAAAGGACUUUACGUUAUAAUUAGUGUUAAAACAUUCGAAAUGCAUAAAAAUACUUUAUGGUUUAUAGUGGCAAUUCUUUGCAUUUAUUUCUCCUUGGUUUUAUGUGAAGAAUCUACAGCUGUACAAGCACUGGAAUCAAAGGAUUCAAAUGAUAUAGUAAGCAGAAGUGAUAUAACCGACCUGCAGGAGGAGAGCAGAACAAGGAAAAGACAUCGUCAUCAUUUGUAUUCACAUUGGGGUUUUUAUGGUUUGGCAAUUGCUUAUUUGAUUAAGAUCAAGGUGGUGGUGGUGGCUUUCUUUGUGGGCAGUGCUGUGUACUUGGGUUUCCGUUAUUUGUGGCCUCACAAAUGCGGUGGCGGUGCUAUAUACAAAGAGGGCUCUAUUGUUUUGGAUCAUCCACCAUAUAUUUCCAGGUCCUUUGCCCAUCAUGAUCAUAUACCUUAUUCAUUGGAUCAUGAUCAUUACCAUGAUCAUGAUCACUAUCAUGAUCACGAUCAUCACUUUGAUAGCAGUUCUUUUAGCAGUUCGGGACCUACUUCAUUUGAACCCUACUCUGCCUAUGCAAGCAAUUCAUUCUCUGAAUCUGAUGGUCCUCCAGAAGGCUUUUCAUCCGAUGGUCCUCCUGAAAGCUUUCCAUCCGAUGGUCCCACAUUCCGCAGCAAACGUAGUGUCCAAAAAGAUUCCCCAGAUACUAAAGAAGUAGUAAAAGAAACCUUGAAAAGUCUGGCUAGACAAAUGGUUAUUAGCGAAGAACAAAUUGGUGACUUUAUGUUUCGUUUCCUGGGCUUGGAUACCAAUGCCUGUCGUCGUCGUUUCAUUUGUGAAAUGGAGUUUAAAUCCAAGCUAAAUCCUUUAACUUCCAUGGCUUUCAGGGUGAUAGGACGCAGCUUCUUUGCCAAAUAUACCAAUGAUCAGAAUCCCAUUAGUAAAGCCAAUAACUUUUUAGAAUGUGCCGCUGUCAAUUCGAAAUGUGUGUUUAUAGAAAAUAAUGAAGAAACGGCCGAAGAACCCGAAGCUGAACCACAACAAGCAGUUGAUCAUGCAGCAGCAGAAGCUGAGGAGGUAACGAAUAAUGUGGAAAACGAAGUAACCACAGAAGAAAACAAUUCUUUGGAAGCUAACGAUAUCAUAGAAAAAGAAAAUGAAAAGAAUUUAAAAGCCGAAUUAAGAAGAAAUUCCUAUCGGAGGCGUGUUAGAGGAGAUCGUUAUUUAAAAUUAGUAUAAAAACAAUUUCAAAAGCCAUCGGGAAAACGAAAGAGAACUGGUUUCACAAACUGUAUAAAAUUAUUUAUUUAUUAAACUAAAUUAUUUAUUUAUUUUUAGUUUUAAGCUGUAAAAUAAAACUUGCCUAAUUUAUUAUUAAA